AAACCAUCAAUUCAAUGCAAGACUUACAGUUGCUCAAUGAACGCACCUGGCUACAGCUAGGCCAGUUGGCAGAAACUAUGAUGGAGCCUGAACGUGCUGUUUUAUCCUAUGAAUCUGCUUUGCGUCAUAAUCCGUUUUCGGAACAAACACUUACACUCAUUGCUGCUCUUUGUCGCUCGCUGGAACAGUAUGGAAAGGCUGCCGACUACUAUCAACGCAUCUUGAAGAUUAAUGAAACAAGUGGCGAAAUUUGGGGUGCGCUCGGCCAUUGCUAUCUGAUGCUUGAUGAUUUGCAAAAAGCUUACAACGCCUAUCAGAGUGCAUUGUAUCAUCUUCCCGAUCCAAAGGAGCCAAAGCUUUGGUAUGGAAUUGGAAUUCUUUAUGACAGGUAUGGCUCGUACGAACUCGCCGAGGAAGCAUUUUCUGCCGUUAUUCGAAUGGAUCCUACCUUUGAAAAGGCGAAUGAGAUUUAUUUCCGUCUAGGAAUCAUUUACAAACAGGAACGCAAGUUUGAUUUAUCUCUCGACUGUUUUAAAUAUAUUCUAAAGUGCCCGCCUAGUCCUCUCACGGAAAUUGAUAUUUGGUUUCAAAUCGGUCAUUUGUAUGAGCAGCAGAAAGAGUACACAUUGGCAAAGGAAGCAUAUGAAAAAGUACUGAGUGAAAAUCCAAAGCACGCCAAGGUUUUGCAGCAGUUGGGAUGGCUUUUUCAUCAGUCUGGCACACCUUUCUGUAGUCAGGAGCGUGCCAUUUCAUGCUUAAAACAGUCUCUUGACUCGGAUCCUGCUGAUGCACAGACAUGGUACUUGCUCGGCAGAUGCUAUAUGGCACAACAAAAGUAUAAUGAUGCUUACGAUGCGUAUCAACAAGCAGUGUAUCGUGAUGGUCGGAAUCCUACCUUUUGGUGCUCUAUUGGUGUUCUUUACUAUCAAAUCAAUCAAUAUUCAGAUGCUUUGGAUGCGUAUAGUCGUGCCAUUCGACUUAAUCCGUACAUUAGUGAGGUUUGGUAUGACUUGGGGACCUUGUAUGAAUCGUGCAACAAUCAGGUUGCCGAUGCAUUGGAUGCAUACACGCGAGCACUAGAGCUUGAUCAAGGGAAUGUGCAAAUCAAACAACGUUUACAGCUUUUGCGCAACUCUCAGACAGGUGGUGCUCCUGUUCAAGCAUUACAACCUCAGCAACCUGCAUCACACGAUCGUUAUCCAGUUGUAAGUGGAAUUCAAACAGGUCCAUCCCCACACUAUCAGCAAGGACAAAUACCUGGUGGUGAUUCUGAAAAUUAUCCUCAACAGCCUUUACAAUUUGGUACAAAGCCAUCUCAUAUUCAAAUGCACAAUGCAUCCGCUGGACCUAUUUUAAAUGAGGGGGGUGCCGAGUUUCACCAGCAACUUCCUCAAGUUCGAGAUUCCCAGGAACAUUCACAACACCCAUUACAACACGGUCGGAUGAAAAUGGAUCCACAGAAUGGCCCACCACCUCCGCUGCAAGGACAUGGAAUGGAUGAUGGAAAAAGAAGGUAUCACACUGCUGAGCCAUAUAGUAAGAAAUAAUAUUGAAUAAAACAAUGGAUUGAAUCUGAA